AUGGAGCUGAACUGAACUGAACUAAAUUUAACUUAACUUAACUUAACUUAACUGAAUGGAGCUGAACUGAACUGAACUGAAUCGAACUGAAUGGAACUGAAUGAAUAGUAAAUAAUAUAAAUAAUAAAUAAUAAAUAAUAACUACUCCAAAAAAAUAAUAAAUAAUAUAAUGGGAAAAAAAAUAUAACUAAAAAAAAAAUAACUCUUGAUAGAUUACUACCACCCAUCAUAAUCAUAAUAACCAAAGGCCAAAAACUCAUAAAACCAAACCCCAAACCUCUACCUCUCUGUCACUCACCUUCCCAUCUCUAUUCAUGGGUAACAGCUACUUCUCCUUACAAUUUCAACUUCAUUUAUUACUACUACUACUCUGCUGUAAUUUGAUACAAUUAGGUGAGUUAUUACUACAAUACUACUACAACUCUGCUGUAAUCUCGACUUCAUUUAUUACUACUACUACAAUUGCAUUAUGAUCAAACUAAUACUCUUCAAGUCUCCCCAACGUUUAUGUAUCUCUCAUCUCUCAUCUCCUUCAUAAUUCAAAUACCCAUCUCUCUCCUAAAGGUGCCCCUACUGAUCAGCACCGUCCACAUCGUUCGUCUGACGUCCCAAGAUGGAUGAUACCAUCAGACGUGCAUCUGUAAUUAUUGCACUAGAAGAAUUAAGGAGAUCAUUUCAACCACCAAGUGAACCAUCGACACAGCAGCCUGCGAGAGUAAGGGGUGAAACUGGUGCUGAAUUUAUACACAGAUUGUUAAAUGAUAAUCCUGCAGAGUGCAAAGUGCAGUUAAGACUUGACCGAGAUAUGUUUCUACAACUAGUUCGCUUGAUGGUUGACAGAAAUUUGUUACAAGAUGGCAAAUAUAUAACCGUAGCUGAACAAGUAGGAAUAUGUUUAUACAUAUUGGCUAAGGGGGCUUCUUACCGUGAUGUUCAUGAUAAAUUUAUGCAUUCCAUAUCUACCAUAAGCCAUUAUUUCAAGCAAGUAUUGGAUGCAUUGACUAGAUUGUCCAUUGAUAUCAUACGACCGCAUCAAGAUUUAUCAGAGGUGUCUCCAGAAGUAGCGAACAACUCACUGUAUUUUCCUUAUUUCAAGGAUGUUAUUGGGGCUAUAGAUGGAACUCACAUACAAGCAAGUAUAAGUGAUAUGAAUGGUGUGCCAUUUCGAAAUCGUAAAGGGACGAAAAGUUGGAAUGUUUUGGCUUGUUGCUCAUUUGAUAAACUUUUCACAUUUAUUAAUGUGGGAUGGCAAGGAAGUGCACAUGAUAUUACAGUGUGGAGAGAUUCUUUAACUAAUUCAAAAUACGUAUUUCCUCAUCCACCCGAAGGAAAAUAUUAUUUGGUGGAUACUGGAUAUCCGAAUACAGUUGGAUACUUUGCACCGGUUAGCGAUCAAGGAGUUAGAUGCCAUGUUUCGGAAUAUAAGCAUGUACCACCAAAUGGAAUGUUUGAACAUUACAACUACAGACAUUCAUCUUUGAGAAUGUCGGUUGAAAUGUCGUUUGGUCAUUUAAAAAAAAGGUGGAAGGUUUUAUAUAAUAUGCCUCAGAUGUCAAAAAAAUAUCAAAUGGCUAUUAUUGUUUCCACUUUCACACUUCAUAAUUUUAUAAAAAUGCACACAUUAGGGAUACCAAUUGUACAACAUGAGAUGGUUCAAGGCGAAGUAGAUUUUGGUAUGCUUGAUGAUGAUCGAAAAAAUGAAAUGUUAUUGGUUCGAGAUGAAAUAGUGAGACAACUAUGGGAAGAUAAUCAACCGGUUAAUGAAAUUGAAGAUGAGGUUGAAUUUGAAGAUCCAGUGGGAGAUAAUGCUGAGUUUGUACAUCAAAUGGAAGAAGAUGAUCAAUGGAUAGAUGAAAUGCUACAAGAUUAUUGAAGAUCCAGUGGGAGAUAAUGCUGGGUUGGUAGAUCAAAUGAGAAACAAUUAAUAGAAAAAUAUGAUGAUGAAAUAUCAUGCAAUUUAUUUAUCUAUAAAUUUGUGUUGUACUUAUGAUGUUUAUAUAGAAACAUUUACA